CACACCCUAACUAACCUUUUAAAACACACACAUACACAUAAAUCAAAACAACAACUUAUAUCGUUGUUCUUUCACUUGCCCUAAAUUCUGUUUCCUUGAACAUUUCCUUUGAACAUAUAAUAAUCAUCCAAAAUGGGCACAAAUGUAGUCAAUGAUAAUCAUCUUUACACUUCCUUAAACAACUUCAAAUUGGAAAUUACCAAUAAUGUAAAAAGCAGUUUUUCACUUUGUUUUUGGAUUUUUUUACCCACAGAUUCAUCCCCUUUUCCUUCUACACUUAUUCACCAGAACAAUUCUGAUAUAGUUGGUGCUAGACCUUUUCUUGCAUUGGCUGCAAGUAGAGAAAUGGUGCUUUACCCGAUUGGUAAGGAUACAAGUCCGAUUAUUCAAGGCCUAUGUGCAAGAACCAAGAAUGAAAUACCUUUGAAUAAAUGGGUUCAUGUCGGUUGUGAGGUAUGUACUGAUGUUAUCCGAAUUUACUUUAAUGGUGCGAUUGCUGGGGAGAUGCGUGUAACCUGCACAUCUGAUAGUCUAAAAAAGAUAUCCUUAGUUGGUGCUAAUGAAAAUGACUCGAUUGAUGUCCAUGGUGUGGAGAUCUUGCCUACCAUGUCAUGUAUUAAAGAUUAUUUUGUUAAGAACCCUCCAGUACAACUUUAUUUUGAUGCUAUGAGUGUCAGAAAUAUCGAAGAAGAUAGUGACGGUGUGUGGAGUGUUGUUGGUGGGAAGGCAUCUUUUUGUAGGAAUUUCUCAAUGAAUGUUGCUCUCAUGAAUGCAUUUGGGCACACAGUGAAUAAAGAAAUGGAGGUUGUUGCUACACUUACAUAUGCUGACAAUGGGGCACCCGUUGAAAAACUAGAUGAUUCAGAAGCUCCGUUAUUGACAAUUAAUGAUGGAAUCGAGUUCGCUUCUUGGGAUAGACCAAUUAAACUAAUCGAUGGGCAUGCUUCAUUUAGGCUUAAGAUAUCUCAGCUUUCAUCGAAGUGUGAUAACAGGCUGUUUCGUAUUAAAUUUUGUGUUACAAAAAUGGGGAAAAGACACCGUUUUCUUGAAGCAUAUUCGCCUUUGAUGCGAUGUAUUUCACCUAGCCUCAAUGCACGUCCAUCUACUUUGAUUUGGAAACGGUCAACCUCUGCCAUGCAUGUUGUUGGUGGAACAUCUUGGCUCAAUGGUGGUUCACUAGAAGCUGUGAAUAAUGUUGUUCAUGAGGCAAAACCGGCUCCAUCAUCAAAACGGAUCAAGUUGGGUCAAGGAAUUCCCUUUAUGAGCACAAAAUCUGAUAAUUUGUUGAAACAACGUGAUCCUGGAAUCAAUGAGGAUGCAACAUUGAACUGUAAGACUUUGACUCCAGAACUCAGACCAGAAACAAAUGAACGUACGGCUUUGACUCCAGAUGUCAGGCAAGAAACACAUGAACGGACGUGCAACACAUCAUCUGAUUCUGAUAGUGGUGAAGCAACAAACACGUGUGACGGAAGUCCAAUUUCAGAUGUAGCUGUCUUCAAAUACUGUCUUGGAAGCUUGACCGAAAGGUCUCAACUUCUAAAGGAACUUUCAAGUUUAGUUUCUGAAAAAGAUAUUAUGGUCUUUGCAGUUCAGGUUUCCCAGUUUACAGGCUGUCUUCAUCAUCGGAACCAAAUAAGAAUUUCAAAGAGAAUGAUAGAGGACGGAAUGAAGGUUUGGAACUUGUUAUCACAAAACAACUGCAAUGUCUCGUGGAAUAAUAUGAUUCUUGUGAUCCGUGACCAGUUCAUGAGAAUUUCUUGCUGCCGGAACAGAUAUCUGGCAUUACAGGAUUUUGAGGUCUUGAGGAGUAUAAGUGGUUGCCAGGAGCAUGUGAGUAAAGAAAACUUUGAAAAGUUGUGGUGUUGGCUGUACCCCGUGGCUUUCGGUUUGUCACAAAAUGGGCUUAAUGAAAUGUGGGAUUCAAGAUGGAUUGAAGGACUCAUUACAAAAGAAGAAGCGGAAGUUUCACUUCAUGGCCCGGGAAACUGCCUUGUGGACCCUGGUACAUUCGUCCUCAGGUUUCCUACCUCAAGAAGCUGGCCCCACCCUGAUGCCGGUAAUCUUAUUGUCACUUAUGUUGGUAGCGACUUUGUCAUACACCACAGGCUGCUCUCUCUUGACUUCUUUCAUAGUUGUCUUGCGAAUGAGAUGCCUGGAAAAUCACUGAAAGAGAUGCUACUUGAGGAGCGUGAGCUGUCUCGUCUAGGAAGAAUUACAAGAAGACCUUUACUGCGUGUUUGAAAUCUACGUAGUUAUAUAGUUUGGUGCACGGGUAUCCCAAAUGUGACAUUUCCAUGAUAGGUUUUCAUUAGUUUCUAAUGGCUGGUAUCUUUCUUGACUCUACGCGCGCCCUUUUUGCCUGUAUAUAUUGAGAUCAAUGCAAAUAUCUUGUUGAGCUGCGUUAUCAUUAA